GCCUCGACUUGAUGUUCGUCUCCCGAUCGCCCCGUCCGCGAGUUCGUGUUUCUCCCCGGCCCUCCCCUCUCCCCCGUAGUUUCCCUUAAUUUCCAUAAUCCCCCCGCGCCCCCCUCCCCUCCCCCCGGUAGGAUCUUUUUCGGGGCCGCAUCAGUCGGCUCGGGGCUAAUUAUGAGCGGGGUAAUGUCUGCCGUGGCCGGUCGGCAGCGCUAGGCAACGUUCCGUUUCCCCAACUCGGGUCCGCGCGGAAAUCCCGGUGCCUCGUUCGAAAAUGUAAUAGUGCUCCUCUCCGCGCUAGGUUUUUCCUGUCUUGCUCAGGAUUGUUAUAAUCCCAAAUUGCUUCGGUCGGAACGUGUGGAAUUUAACGUUUUCCGUUUGCAGGUCGUGAGGAUGGGCUUUCGGAGAGGAGCUUUAAAGUCCUAGCGGGAGUUUUCGAGAGCCGGGAGCGGCAGACGGGAUGCCCGGGAGCGUGUAAGGCUCCGGGAUCGAGACGGAUCGCCGUAGAUUGAUGGUGUGACUCGCCGGCCGAGAAAUGAGCUCCUCAGAUCAUGUCCAUCUCAAUUUGAACCCGCUACACGCAUUUUUUUCGGAAUGGCUGGGUCAUGACACGGACUUGCCGCCCUAUGACCUUUCUGCUGAUGAGGGUGGCGAGCUUUCCACCGUAGGCGUCACGCGAUUGACGCUGCAGCCGUGUGUGAUGGACCAAGACGUGGAACAUGGCCGCGAGUACAAUCACAGGCCCUCCAACGCGUCACGCUGCUUCCACGACAAAUCCAAGCCCGGUGCCAACAACAUCAAGAAACACAGCAUCCACGGGAUGACGGAGGGAGAAAAUGUGGUGCGGCCGCAUCAAGAGAUGGCGCAGCUGACUCUGGACGAGAAACAGUUCCUGCUUGCAGUCGAGCGUGGCGACAUAGCCUCGACCGGCAGGAUACUGGAAAACCUCCACCAGCGGGACAUCAACAUCAACUGCGUGGAUCCUCUUGGUCGGUCGGCGCUGCUCAUGGCGAUCGACAACGAGAACCUGGACAUGGUGGAGCUUUUGAUAGAGCACAAAGUCGACACCAAGGACGCCCUCCUCCACGCCAUCUCCGAGGAGUUCGUCGAGGCCGUUGAGCUUCUCCUUGACCACGAGAAAACCUGCCACAAAAACGGCGAACCUCACAGUUGGGAGGCUCUACCACCGGACACUGCCACGUUCACGCCUGACAUCACUCCAUUAAUUUUAGCAGCUCAUCGUGAUAACUAUGAAAUCAUCAAAAUUCUACUAGAUCGAGGGGCGACUCUUCCAAUGCCUCAUGAUGUCAGGUGCGGGUGUGACGAGUGCGUGACGUCACGGAUCGAGGACUCGUUACGUCACUCGCGGUCGCGGAUAAACGCGUACCGCGCCUUGGCCAGUCCCUCACUCAUCGCCCUCUCCUCCAAAGACCCCAUCCUCACCGCCUUCGAGCUUUCCUGGGAACUCAGACGGCUCAGCUUCCUAGAACACGAGUUUAAAAGUGAAUACCAGGAAUUAAGAAAGCAGUGCAUGGACUUCGCAACGGCCUUGUUGGACCACACGCGGAGUUCAUACGAACUAGAAGUGCUCCUUAACCAUGACCCAACGGGACCAGCCUUCGAGCAUGGAGAGCGUAUGCAUCUCAACCGCCUCAAACUAGCCAUCAAACUUCGCCAAAAAAAAUUUGUAGCGCACCCUAACGUGCAACAACUCCUAGCUUCAAUUUGGUACGAAGGACUGCCAGGGUUUAGAAGAAAAAAUAUGGUGCUCCAAGCUUUAGAGAUUGUCCGGAUAGGAAUAAUGUUCCCUCUUUUUUCAUUCAUGUAUAUCCUAGCGCCUCAUUCCAGUGCCGGACAAACUCUUCGCAAGCCUUUUAUAAAAUUUAUAUGUCAUUCGGCCUCUUAUUUUACAUUUCUAUUUUUAUUAAUAUUGGCGUCACAACGAAUUGAGUCAAUUUUAGGUGAUUGGUUUCUAAAUGGGGAGUCGCCCUCUUACGUUAGUUACGCCAGUAACGAUUUGACCAAGAGAGGGUCCCCACCGUCCUUAGUUGAGUGGCUUAUUCUAAGUUGGGUUUGUGGACUGAUAUGGAGCGAGGUGAAACAAUUAUGGGACGUUGGGCUGGAAGAAUACGCAGCCGACAUGUGGAACGUCAUUGACUUCGUUACCAAUUCGUUGUAUGUCGCCACCGUAGCACUUAGGGUCGUCGCACACUUUCAAGUACAAAAAGAAAUGAAAUUAAAAAUGCGGACGGAAGACGUUCCGAGAGAAGAAUGGGACACGUGGGACCCCAUGCUCAUCUCCGAAGGCCUUUUUUCUGCAGCAAAUAUUUUUAGCUCUCUUAAACUUGUGUAUAUAUUUUCUGUAAAUCCUUACUUGGGCCCACUACAAGUAUCUUUAAGUCGAAUGGUGCUGGAUAUAAUGAAGUUUUUUUUCUUAUACGUCCUCGUCCUUUUUGCAUUUUCUUGUGGUAUGAAUCAAUUACUGUGGUAUUACGCGGACAUGGAGAAGCAACGAUGUCCGAACGCGACGUCAUCUUUCGAUCCGAAAAGUGUCAGCGAUCCCGAUGCCUGCCUCGUAUGGCGUAGAUUCUCCAACCUUUUUGAAACAAUUCAGACGCUAUUUUGGGCUGUAUUUGGUCUCGUGGACUUGGAUAACUUUGAACUGGCCGGGAUCAAAAGUUUCACGCGAUUUUGGGGCAUGCUCAUGUUCGGCACUUAUUCUGUCAUCAAUAUUGUUGUGCUUUUGAAUUUGCUGAUAGCUAUGAUGAAUCAUUCUUAUCAGCUGAUAUCCGAAAGGGCAGAUGUGGAGUGGAAGUUUGCGAGAAGCCGAUUAUGGAUUAGUUAUUUUGAGGAAGGCGGCACCGUUCCUCCUCCGUUCAACAUUAUUCCUACACCGAAAAGCCUCUUUUAUUUCAUCAUGUGGCUUCAAAAGCGGAUUUACGGUCACACAAGAACGGCCAAAAAAGAGCACAUGCGGACAAUACGGGUGAAGCAAGCCAGUGAGAGGGACAUAAGGUACCAAAGCAUCAUGCGGAAUUUAGUUCGACGCUACGUCACGGUGGAACAACGAAAAGCAGAAAACGAGGGGGUAACAGAGGAUGACGUCAACGAGAUCAAACAGGAUAUCUCCGCCUUCCGGUUCGAGCUCAUCGAAAUCCUUAGGAAUGCCGGCAUGAAAAUUACCUCCAGCUCCGGCACGGGCACAGGUGCAGGUGGGAAGAAAAACCGUCAGAAAGAGCGGCGGCUCAUGAAAGGCUUCAACAUCGCGCCGACGCCUUCGUCCGGCGGGCUAGGCAGCCAGCAGGGCUCCUUGCCGGCCGAGUUCAUCGCCAGCUUCCAGAACGUGGGCCACCACGUGGGACAUCACGGGCUGAGCCCCUCGCACGAGCUCCUCGAGUCCCUCCACUCAGGCCUCAUCGGGCGCUCCUCGGGGAUCACGAUGCGCCGCGCCUACUCCUCCAACAACCAGAACAUGCUCCACCUGGAGGGCGCCCACCGGAGCUCCGCCAAGUACAAAAAGCGAAACGCCUCCCGCAAGAAGCGCUGGGAGAGCCUCAUCGAGGCGGCCAUCACGGGCCGCGUCUCGCGCUUCAUGUCCAAGUCCCGCUCGGAGGACUCCGUCUGCGAGGGCGCCUCCCCGGAGCCGCGCCCCCACGGGCAUCAGCGCCCCGGGGACGGCCACUUCCCGGAGCGCGCCGAGGCCUUGGCCGCCCUCCGCAAGAAGCGGGAGAACUUCGCCAGCGCCUCCAAGCACCUCGGGCACACGGCGCCCAAGUUCCAGGACGCCGCCUCCAAGCUCCACCUCAAGCGGGCGGCCAGCGUUCCCGUCCAGAUCCCGGACCCGGCCCAGGGCCUCGGUCUCCCCGUCCGGCUUGAUCAAACCCAGUCCGUCGACUCCCAGUCACAGGUGCAGAGCACGUUGUCGCCGUCGACGACGGACGAGAGCGUGACGGCGGAGGCGGAGCGGCUCCUGAUCGAGCCGUACACGAGCUCCGCGUCGGGGGACCUGAAGACGACCCACGACAGCGGCACCUCCGGCCCCGGCCCCGGCACCGGGCGCGAGUCCCAGGACCUCAAGGGACACAACAACGGCUACCGCCCGCCCAACGCCUCCAUCCCCGGCGUCCAGCCCCUCAGCGGACACACCAACUCCGAGGGCUGGCUGUAGCCUCCUUCGCCCAACUCCCCACCCCCCUUCUCUACUCUUUUAUAUGCGCUAAUUCUAAGCAGAAUCAAAUUAUUUUUAUCCUUUUUAUAUAUUUUCAACUCAACAUGUUCAACACUGCCGUGCCGAGGAAAAACGCCGUAUGAACC